AUGAUUCUUACACCCUUAUUUGUAAUUUUCAGAGCAUUCUCGAUAACCGUUAACGGCUACAUGACGACUGCGCUGGUCAUUUUGGGCACAAUAGGAAAUGUACAUGGAGUGAGACGUGUUCAAGUCACCAAUCUUGAUAAGAACCGAGGCGUCGUGUUGGCCGUGUCACUGAUCGCCCUGGCCAUUUGGGACACAGUGCUGCUGUGGUGCGCAUUUUUCUACUACGCCAUUCGAAAAUUGCCAAUCGCCAUCAAUUCCGAUUGGCUGAACAUCUUGAUGCCAUGGUUUCAUCCCUUCUCUCAGAUUGCCAAUACAGCAGCGACAUGGUGUGUUGUCGCUAUCACUUGGCAGCGGUUCAUGGCCACGAGGGAUCCAUUCAGGACCCCAAGGUCGGCAGCAGUAGUACAGUCUUUCCGAAGCGAACGGCGGAUAUCAUUCAUGUACUGUUCGACGUAUCGACGUCUUUUACGAAUGCCAAUUGCGCUCUCUAUUGGAGCCGUUUUAUUAAACAUUCCAGCCUUUUUUGAACUAUAUAAUUAUUUGUGCUACAAAGCGGAAGAAAAUCGCAUAGCAAUUUCGGUGCGUCCUACCGCCUUACGUUUGCAAAGCGCUUAUGCGUUAUACCGCCUGAUCUCACGAAUGAUUGCCGUCUCGAUCGGUCCAAAUUUAGGCAUUCUCAUUCUGACCUUGCUCACGGUGUUUAUGCUUCGCGGCUCAAAUCGAACACGGCGGCAAAUGUUCCAAAUGAGCGAUCACUUUCUCGACCGUAACGCCUCUAGAGAAAUUCUACAAACGCUUAUUUCUAUUAUGCUAGUGUCCAAGUUUUUAUGCUUCAGAAGUCUCACUUUUGUGCUUGAUCUGGUCGAAGUAACCGUCGGUGACUACAACUAUUAUUUGGUGGAUAUUUCAAAUUUCCUUGUAAUUCUGAAUUCGGCCACUAACAGCUUGGUAUUCUUGAAAGCUAGUACAUGGCUGAACAAUCGACUCGUCGAACGGAAGACGAUGAGGCGAAAGAAGACAGUCUGCGAUGCAGGGCAGCUUCUUGGAGAUCGACUCAGUAUACUGUCAUCAACAUGGCAACAGGCGAUGCUUCUCAAUGAUAACAAUCCCGGAUUGAGGAUACUUUAUUCCAUUCUACGACGUCAACCCACCUUGUUCGCUGUGUUCAGAGCACCUAAUCUCGUGCUUUAUGCCAACGACAAAGUCGGCCAGAUGGAAGCCGAAAUGCUCUCCCUGCUCACCAACGGGAAUGCAAAAAGCUUUGAUCUGCUCACCAAUUCAAAGUACGUUGAAGUAGCCCAACGAAUCACCUCCUUCAUGGGUGAACUCAUCAAAAUAAUGAAGGAUGGCAAACCUGAAGAGUAUAUCGUGAUGCGGAUUCGUCGCGUAGGAGCGAUCCAUUUCCAGCACGGGAUUCCAUUCCCAUCCGCUGUGUGGCGAGAGUUCAAAUCCAGUACAAUCACCAUUAUAUCAGAAUGCGAGUUCAAGAGUCAUGAUGAACGAGAAGCUGCACUGGAUGCAUGGAAUUAUUUUGUGUCCUUCAUCAUUCGUGAAAUGAAAAUGGGCACGUGGGCCAUGGGCGAAACGCUCGGAUCGAUAUCCUGA